CCGCCUCACCCGCACUCAAGAUGGCGGCCGGAAGUGGCUGCCUCGCGGCCGCUGCCCGACCGGAAGAGGCGGUGCCUCGCGCUCUAAAGAUGGCGGAGCCGGUGAAGGGGCGAGGGGCGGGCCCCGCCGGGAAGGCGCUGAGCGCCGAGCAGGUGGUGUCCCGCUUUCACCGCCUGCGGCAGGACCAGCGGGGCUUGGCCUCCAAAGCAGCUGAGCUGGAGCUGGAGCUCAACGAGCACAGCCUGGUGAUCGAGACCCUGCGGGAGGUGGAUCCCACCCGGAAGUGUUUCCGCAUGGUCGGGGGGGUGCUGGUGGAGAGGACGGUCAAGGAGGUGCUGCCUGCACUGGAGAGCAACAGGGAGCAGAUCUCCAAGCUGAUCGAGGCUCUGGCCCAGCAGCUGCAGGCCAAGGGCCGGGAGCUCUCGGAAUUCCGGGAGCGCCACAACAUCCGACUGCUGGGGGAGGAGGAGCCCAAAGCGCCGGCCCGGGAGGGGCCCGAGGGGGGCAAGGGGGGCCCCGGGGGGGUCCUGGUGUCCUGACCCCCCCCCAAAUUCCCACAGAGAUUUUGGGUUCAUUUCAGGGUUUUUUGGGGUGUCUCCUCAUUGCUCCCCAAAUUUCCAGAUUUUGGGUUUGUUUUAGGGGGGGGUUCUGGUGUUCUGACCACCCUCCCUGGAUUUCCCAGAGGGAUUUUGGGUUUGUUUUUGGGGGGGUCCUGAUGUCCUGACCCCCCGUAGUUCCUAGGGGGAUUUUUCAUUUGUUUGUUUUAGGGGGUUUUGGGGCAAUAAAUGGGAAUUUGGGACAAA